AUGCUAGGUUUUAAAGGGUUCUUAUUAGCGUUAGCUUUAGUUCAAUUUGUUGCUGCAAUAACACCUUCACCUUGCAAGCCUCUUACUUCUCCAUCAUUGGGAUUUAAUGCUGUCUUCUAUCCUUAUAAAUUUAGGGAUGAUACAACUCUGAGAGACUUGACAUACAUGAACGGAGGGUAUAAGGCCUCCAAACCCAUUGCCCUGGCAUCCGGAAUUACAGAUAUAAAUUUUGCUAUUGCCCAGGGUAAUGACGGAAUUGUUAAAGGAAACAUUUAUGGGAAAGCCGUGACUGUUUCAAACUUUAGUGUUGAACUUACUGGUUACUUUCUUGCACCAGAAACUGGUGAUUAUCAGCUCCUGUUGUCUGUGGAUGAUGGAGCGUUGGUUACAUUCGGAGCUGGACAAGCAUUCGGGUGCUGUAAUACAUUAUCAACAUCCAAUGAUGGAAAUUACGCUUUAUUCGCUCAUUGGUAUUCUACAUCUAGCUCUCCAGGAGCAACACUUUCAACGCAACAUCUUACUGCUGGAUAUUACUAUCCUAUUAAGAUAUUUUAUGUGAAUAUGCAAAAUCCUAUGAGUAUGACAUUCAAAGUUACUACACCAAGUGGCACUGUCAUCACUAAUUUUAAUAACGUUUACUCCUUUACAAAUACAGACACUUCUUGUCCUGCUGUAAGACCAACAACUACAGUCACCAAGACGUGGUCAAGCACCAAUACAAAAACAACUACUAACACUGCUACUGCGUUUG